UGUUUCCCAACUUUCAACUAAAGCAACUUUCCUCUGUAUAUUUCGCUCUCUGCUUUUUAACAAUGGAACACAACGAAAAAUGCGCCCAAUCUCAAUCCUGUUCUUCUUCACCACGUUUUCCAUCCCGUAACUCUCAAUCUCCUCCUCCACCACCACCGCCACCAGCUUCUCCUUCUCUUCCUCCUGCGCCGACGCCUACGGUUGUUCUCAGCCCUUGCGCUGCCUGCAAAAUCCUUCGCCGCCGCUGCGUCGAAAAGUGUGUUUUAGCUCCUUAUUUCCCUCCAACCGAACCUUAUAAAUUCACCAUUGCUCAUCGAGUUUUUGGAGCUAGUAAUAUCAUCAAGUCUUUACAGGAACUACCGGAGUCACAAAGAGCCGACGCUGUAAGCAGCAUGGUAUACGAGGCGAGCGCUCGGAUCCGCGAUCCCGUGUACGGCUGCGCCGGGGCGAUUUGCCAACUUCAAAAACAAGUGAGCGAGCUCCAAGCCCAACUAGCCAAAGCCCAGGCGGAGAUCGUGACAAUGCAAUGCCAACAAGCCAAUUUGCUAGCCAUAAUAUUGGAAAUGAGUCAAUCAAAAGAAGCCAAUAUUUCUCAGCAUCAACCUUAUAAUAUGGACACCACUUGUUUUCUGGAUGACAACAAUCUUGGUUCGGCUUGGGAGCCUCUUUGGACGUGAAGGAAAAAAAGAAGAAGGUUGAAGAUGAUGAUGGAAUUUAGUUAUAAAAAUAUUUAUAGAUAUAUUUAAGGGGGAUAAAGAAUUAAAUCAAAUAUUGUAUUUUUUUAUAUUUAUAUUUAUAGUUUAGAGAAUUUUCAAUGAAGUAAUUAGUUUUUU